CGUCGGGUGGGGGUAAAAGCAGAGAGAAGAGUAAGAAGGAAAAAAAGCUAUAUAUUCUCUCUCUUCUUUAAAUAUAUAAAUAGCUGCUCUCCUCUCUCCUGGCGUGAGAGUGAGAGAAAUCGAGAUCUAGAUCUGCAUUAGCAUUGGGUUGGAAGUUGAGAAGCAUGGCUUCGAUCCUUCUCCUCAUCGUCGUCUUCGUGGUCAAUCUCAUCGCUUUCGCCCUCGCUAUUGCUGCUGAGCAGCGGAGGAGCACGGCAAAGGUAGUACCAGACUCGGAACAGAACUACGACUACUGCGUGUAUGACUCGGACAUAGCAACAGGGCUUGGUGUGGGUUCUUUCCUCUUCCUGUUGGCGAGCCAGGCCAUUAUAAUGAUCGCUAGUAAAUGCUUCUGCUGCGGUCGUGGUUUGAAGCCGGGCGGUUCCCGUGCUUUGGCCAUCAUCCUCUUCAUCAUCUGCUGGGUAACCUUUUUAAUUGCGGAGGCUUGCUUGCUGGCCGGAUCUGUGAGAAACGCGUACCACACCAAAUACAGGACAAUCCUUCCAGUAGGAGAACCUCCUUCUUGCCAGACACUGAGGAAGGGCGUCUUUGGAGCUGGGGCAGCUUUCAUCUUCUUCACUGCCAUAGUUAGCGAGUUUUACUAUGUCUCCUACUCCAAGGCCAAGGACAGUGGAUCCCUUCCUCCUUAUGGAAGAGACACAGGAGUUGGGAUGGGCACAUACAACUAAGCGCACUGCUUUUGCUGGUUCAUGUGGCACUCACCUCAUGAUAGUAGGGGAUUAUACUGUUUGGAAUUUGGAUUGAAUUUUACUCUUUUUUUGCUUCUUCUUCCUUCUGGGAUCGGUUGAUUAGUUGAAUAGAUACAUGGAUCUUUGGACUUGAUUGAUAUUUUGUAAUGCAUCAAAAUUUCCAUUUUACCAUCAUCAUUGGCAAAGUAGUAACUAGUUUGUACUUCCGUAGGUAAUUUCUUAUUAUAUGAACCCCGAAGGCUGUAUAUUUUGUUGGAAACUAAGUUCUUGUUCAUCAUC